UUACAAAGACAACUCUCAACAAUGCCUUCAUCUUCCUCACCCACCACAAUCGCCAUCAUCGGAGCCGCCGGAGUAGUCGGUUCCUCAAUCGCAUACAGCCUAAUCCUCAACCCCAUCGCCGGCAAAAUCAUCCUCAGUGAUCCCCAGACCGAAGUCGUCGAAGCCCAAGCCGCAGAUUUACGCGACGCAGUCUUACAGAGCGAAACCACCAGUACGCGGAUUCACGUCGCUCAGGAUCCUCGAGAAGCGGGCCAAGCAGACAUUAUCAUCAUUAGCGCCGGUGCAGCGCAGAAGCAAGGCGAGAGUCGAACGGAUCUUGUCGGGAAAAAUGCGAAAAUUUUAAAAUCCGUCGUGGAGAAUUUGGGGAGCGCGUCGUCGAUGAAGAAGGGGGUGAUUGUAUUGAUUGUUGCUAAUCCCGUGGAUGUGAUGACUUUGCUUGCGCAGAAAUUGUUCGAUUUGCCGCCGCAGCAGGUUUUUGGCAGCGGAACCUUUUUGGAUUCGGCACGAUUGAAGGGGAAAAUUGCGGAACAGGUGGGCGUUUCUCAGGGGAAUGUGGAAGCGUUUGUGUUGGGUGAGCAUGGCGAAUCGCAGGUUGUUGCGUGGUCGGCAGUGUCUGUGGCAGGGGUGGCGCUCGAUCGGAUUCUUACGGAGGAGAAGAAGGAGAAGAGUUUCAAUCGAGAAGAAAUUGCGGCUGCAACGAGGGAUAAGGCUGGUGCGAUUAUUGAUGGCAAGGGAACAACGAAUUACGGGAUUGGGAGUGUGACUGCGAGCAUUUGCAAGGCGAUUUUGUUUGAUCAAAAAGUCAUUAGGGGAGUCAGCCAUUGGAUUCCAGAGCUGGGAGUCUGUUUGAGCAUGCCGGCUGUGAUUGGGAGAGGGGGCGUCAUGCAGACCAUUUCGUUACAAUUGAGCGACGAAGAGAAGAAGAAGAUUUCAGAAAGUGCUCAAAGUUUGAAAGAGGUCAAUAGUGAAGCACAAAAAGCGCUCCAAGGAUGAGAUGGUGAUGAUGGAUGAUUCCAUGUCUUUUCUACAAACUCUUAAACACCUCCAAACUACUCAACGCCCUCCCUUCCGCAUCAAACAUCAAAUUAUUCUCACAACUACUCCCCAACCCCGCAUUCGCCAACCACGCCGGCUCCCAAUACCACACUCCACUCCCUCCCACCCCCUCCACCAC